CCGCCGCGGGCCUCUGGCGCUCUUUUUUUUUUUUUCCCCCUCCGCUGCUACCGGGCUUCGUGCUCCAGCCGAGACGCCAUGGGUUUCGGAGACCUGAAAACCCCCGCCGGCCUCCAGGUGCUCAACGAUUACCUGGCGGACAAGAGCUACAUCGAGGGGUAUGUGCCGUCCCAAGCCGAUGUGGCAGUGUUUGAAGCCGUCUCUGGGCCACCGCCCGCCGACCUGUGUCAUGCCCUGCGCUGGUAUAAUCACAUCAAGUCUUACGAGAAAGAGAAAGCCAGCCUGCCAGGAGUGAAGAAAUCCUUGGGCAAGUACGGCCCUGCCAGUGUGGAAGACACCACAGGAAGCGGGGCUGCGGAUGCUAAGGAUGAUGACGACAUUGACCUCUUCGGGUCUGAUGAUGAGGAGGAAAGCGAAGAAGCAAAGAGGCUCCGAGAAGAGCGCCUUGCACAGUAUGAAUCAAAGAAAGCCAAAAAGCCCGCGGUUGUUGCCAAGUCUUCCAUCUUGUUAGAUGUGAAGCCUUGGGACGAUGAGACAGACAUGGCUAAAUUGGAGGAGUGUGUCAGAAGCAUUCAAGCAGAUGGCUUGGUUUGGGGCUCUUCCAAAUUGGUCCCCGUGGGAUAUGGAAUCAAAAAGCUUCAAAUACAGUGUGUAGUUGAAGAUGAUAAAGUUGGCACAGAUAUGCUGGAGGAGCAGAUCACUGCUUUUGAGGACUACGUGCAGUCCAUGGAUGUGGCUGCUUUUAACAAAAUCUAAAAUCAUCCUCAAGUCAGUGCACUUGAAUAAAAGCUUGAAAAUAA